AUACUAAUGGAACCGGACCUAAACAUCGCUGUCGGAUCGCGCGCGUCGAGGGGGCGUUUUGUGUGAAGAGCAGCGCUCGCGCGCGUGUGUGUGUGUUUGAAAGGCAGCUAUGCGGUCGGAGCGCAUGAGUCGUGUGUGUAUCGUGGUUCUGGAGGAGGUUGAAGAUGACGAACCUUCCUCUCUGCAUUCCAAAGCCACUCCGGACCACAUUUCCCAGAAUUCCUCUCAGGACGAGAAGCCCUCUCUGAUUAAAGCCAUAUUUAAUGUGGACGCAGAUGAAGUUCGCUCUCUCAUAUUCAAGAAAGAAGAUGUCAAUGUACAGGACAGUGAGAAGAGGACGCCGCUUCACGCUGCUGCGUACCUGGGCGACGCGGAGAUCAUCGAGCUGCUCAUCCUGUCAGGGGCGAGAGUAAAUGCCAAAGAUAAUAAAUGGCUCACUCCUCUUCAUCGGGCCGUAGCUUCCUGUAGCGAGGUACGUCACGUCCACGGAACAACAAACACACACAAACAAAGGUUUUCAGGCUCAUUCAUUUUCUCGUUGUGUGUUCAGGAGGCCGUCCAGGUGUUGUUGAAACACUCUGCCGACGUCAACGCGCGGGACAAAAACUGGCAGACGCCGUUGCACGUGUCCGCGGCCCAUAAAGCAGUGCGCUGCGCCGAGGCUUUAGUGCCAUUGCUGAGCAACGUCAACCUGUCGGACCGCGCCGGACGUACGCCUCUACAACACGCGGCCUUCAGCGGACACCUGGAGAUGGUUCAGUUGCUUGUGUCCAGAGGUGCAAACAUCAACGCUUUUGAUAAGAAGGACAGACGAGCUGUUCACUGGGCCGCAUACAUGGGUCAUUUAGAGGUGAUGAAGUUCCUGGUGUCUCAUGGUGCUGAGCUUUGCUGUAAGGAUAAGAAAUCAUAUACUCCGCUUCACGCCGCUGCCUCCAGUGGAAUGAUCAACGUGGUCAAAUACCUGCUGAAUCUGGGUGUUGAUAUUAACGAGCCGAACGCGUAUGGAAACAGUCCUCUGCACUUGGCGUGUUUUAACGGGCAGGACGUGGUGGUGAAUGAGCUGAUAGAAGCAGGUGCUGACGUGAACCAGGUGAACGAGAGGGGUUUCUCUCCGCUGCACUUCACCUCUGCCUCCCGCCAGGGGGCGCUGUGUCUGGAGCUGCUCGUGGCCAACGGGGCCAACGUCAACCGCAAGAGUAAAGAUGGUAAAACUCCUCUCCACAUGGCGGCCAUUCACGGGCGAUACUCCAGAUCACAGGCCAUCAUUCAGAACGGCUCAGAGAUCGACUGCGAGGAUGAGAACGGAAACUCUCCUCUUCAUAUAGCGGCUCGAUACGGUCACGAGCUGCUCGUCAACACGCUCAUAACCAACGGUGCGGAUACGGCAAAGCGGGGCAUCCACGGCAUGUUCCCGCUGCAUCUGGCGGCGCUGAGCGGAUUUUCAGACUGUUGCCGGAAACUGCUCUCAUCAGGUUUUGACAUGGAUACGCCGGACGACUUUGGCAGGACGUGUUUGCAUGCGGCCGCUGCAGGAGGGAAUCUGGAGUGUUUAAAUCUGUUGCUCAACACAGGUGCGGACUUUAACAGGAAAGACAGAUUUGGGAGGACAGCGCUGCAUUACGCUGCUGCUAACUGUAACUAUCAGUGUCUGUUUGCUCUGGUGGGCUCCGGGGCCAGUGUGAACGAGCGGGACGUCCGGGGCUGCAGCUCGAUACACUACACGGCUGCGGCCGACUCCGACGGCAGGUGUCUGGAGUAUCUGUUGAGGAAUGAUGCGAAUCCGGGUCUCAGGGAUAAAGACGGAUACAGCGCUGUUCACUACGCUUCAGCGUACGGUCACCGAGUGUGUCUGGAGCUGAUCGCCAACGAAACGCCAUUGGAUGUGCUGAUGAACACGUCUGCAUCAAGUCUCUUAAACGACACAGACGUCCAGCCUCCCGUCAGCCCUUUACACUUAGCGGCAUAUCACGGUCACCACCAUGCUCUUGAGGUUCUGGUCCAGUCUCUGCUGGAUCUGGACGUGAGGACGCCUCAGGGUCACACAGCUCUGAGUCUGGCUGCGUUUAAGGGUCACGUGGAGUGUGUGGAUAUUCUGAUCAAUCAGGGCGCGUCAAUGCUGCUGAAGGACUACACACACAAGAGAAGCGCCUUACACUCCGCAGCCAUGAACGGUCACUCUGAGUGUCUGCGUCUGCUCAUCCAUAACGCCGAUCAGCAAACAGCCGUCGAUAUACGUGAUGGAAAGGGACAGACUCCUCUGAUGUUGGCGGUUCUGGGCGGACACACAGACUGUGUGUAUCUUCUGUUGAGUAAAGGAGCCAUUGUGGAGGCCAGAGAUACAUUUGGCAGGACAGCCCUUCACCGCGGGGCAGUGAUGGGUCACGAGGCGUGUGUGGAGGCGCUGCUGCAGCACGGGUCCAGUUUCGUGGUUCAGGACGGCAGGGGACGCUCUCCUCUACACCUGGCGGCUGCUUGCGGUCACGUCGGGGUUCUGAGGGCCCUUCUGAAGAUCCAAAACGCCGUCCUCGUCCUCAAGGACAACUGUGGUUUCACACCGCUGCACUGGGCCUGUUAUAACGGUCACGACGCGUGUGUGGAGUUGCUCUUGGAGCAGGACGUGUUUCGGCAGAUGGAGGGAAACUCCUUCAGUCCGCUGCACUGCGCCGUUAUUAAUGAUCAUGAAUCUGCAGCUGAGAUGCUGAUUGAGACUUUAGGUCCAGCAAUCGUGAACGCCACAGACUCACAGUCCAGGACGCCGCUGCACGCCGCCGCUUACACUGAUCACGUGGAGUGUUUGCAGCUUCUGCUGGGUCACAACGCUCAGGUCAACUCCAUCGACAUGCUGGGGAGAACACCACUCAUGAUGGCGGCCGAGAACGGGCAAACCAACGCCGUAGAGGUGCUCGUGAGCAGCGCAAAAGCAGACUUCACAUUACAGGACGCGCACAGAAACACAGCAAUGCAUCUGGCCUGCAGUAAGGGGCAUGAAACCAGUGCCUUGUUAAUUCUUGAGAAGGUCACGGACAGAAACCUCAUCAACUGCACGAACGCAGCGCUGCAGACGCCGCUUCACGUCGCGGCUCGUAACGGGCUCACGGUGGUCGUGCAGGAGCUGCUGGGUAAAGGAGCCAGUGUCCUCGCCGUGGAUGAAAACGGUUACACUCCAGCUUUGUCUUGUGCCCCGAACAAAGACGUGGCCGACUGUUUGUCGCUGAUACUCUCCACCAUGAUGCCCGUCUCUCCCAGCAGUCCCGGCACCAUAUCAAGCCUCACGUUUACCACCAUUAACCAUUACUCCAGCCCAUCCAAGACCGUGACCUUUGACCCUUUACCCAUGCUGCGUCCCGAGCACGUCUCCUACCGUAAAUUCAACAGCUUGGGUCGCGAGGACGGCCUCAUAGUCCCCGACGAUGAACUCAAUGAUUCAGACUCGGAAACGUACUGACGACACACUCUGUCCCGCCCCUCAGUGUCUUAAACCCUCGCCUCAUUGGCCGAAUGGUGACUAUGCUAAUUAGGGUCGUCCCUCAAUGACCGGUGCGUCCGAAAGUCUCAGGAGAAAACGGAAAAACAGGAAAAUAAGUGGCCAACACUGCAGUUUAACCAGUCUAUUUCUGUUUCUUCUCUACAAUGUCAAUGUUUAAACUCUCAAGCAUCUCUAAUACGCUUUAUUUAAAGCCAAAUUCUUUA